CAACAACAACAACAACAAAAACUUUCUCAAGCUUUUCUGUUUUUCCUUUUUGCAAAAUGGAGUUUGAGACUUCUAAACGUGUCCAAACGGAGGAAGGAGAAGAGAGUUUAAAAGAGGAACAAGUGUGUAAACAGCUACAACUGAAAUCGUCUGAAACGCAAACGCAGGCGUUGAACAAAAGAGCGGUACUCAACCGCAUCCGCGACCACAAAUGCAUUCACAAAAUAAAGAAUCUUCUUCACACCACCGCAGGAAGUAACAAGGGAUCCACCGUCGACGUUGAUAACCGGUGGAUUGAUAGUGGCGAUGUUUUCUCUUGCCCGUGAACUCUCCUGAAACUGUGACACGUGUAUGUCAACGUGUGUCGUGUUUGAGAGUCUCUGCUUGUCUCUUCCUGUUGUUUUAAAUGUUGUUGUGAUGAAUCAUCAUUGUAGAUUUCGAUGUUCACGAUGAGUUAAAUGAUCACCGUUGAUCUCAGUGAUCUGUUAUUGGGAUCCGGACGUAUCAUCUCAUGAAUUGGGCCUUUAAUGAUAUUAGUAUAUAUUAUUGGGCUUUAUGAAAACCAAUCAAGCCCAGAAGUUUUAAAACGUACCAAUAAAACCAACCAGGAUAAUAUCGAAUCAUUCUUAUUUUAUUUUGACUGAAUUCUUGUAACAAAAACGAAAUAAAUAUUUAUAUCGGAUAAUCAACAUUUUAUUUUUCCUGCAUUGAAGUAACUAAUAUACACC